AUAACCUCUCUCUCUCUCUCUCUCUCCUUCAUUCCCUCUUCUCUCUCUCUCUUCAACAUGAGUAGAGAGAAGCCUGGCUGUCUCUUAAUCUGCAGUGCUCAUCAAAAAGGUGUGACUGCUCAGUCCUUCAUCCAUUCCUUUACUCUGACAUCAUCAGCUUUUAAUGUAUUUCUUACCACACCUGGAGGUGCACCUGUUGAGUUUGUAAACAUUGAUGACUCCAAUAGACAGUGGAUAACUGACUUUAGGUCCAAGGGAUUAUCUAAUCCACACAAACUUGAAGAAAUCGAUAGCUCAAAGUUCAUGACAUUAGUGAUACCAGAUUCUCCAGGUGCUUUAUUUGAUUUGAGUAACAAUGCAGAGCUGGCAGGCAUCAUUAACUCUUUUACCAGAGAUAAAAAACCAAUGUGUGCCAUAGGAUAUGGAGUAGCUGCCCUAUUCUCCACUUUGGACAUACACUCACAAAAAUGGUACUUUGACAAGCAUUCACUAACAGCUCCCUCUCAUGCUGAGAUUCUUAAAAGAGAAGAUUUUCCAUCACUACCCAUAGUACCACCUGAUUUCAUAAGAAAGCAUGGCGGGACAUACAGCGCUUCACCAGAUCCGUCAUCCCUCUAUGUGGUGGUGGACAAUUUCCUUGUUACUGGACAAAACGAGCAGUCAACAUUGACAGGUGUUCAAAACCUCAUAUUACUCUCAAAUGCAAGGCUGGCACGUACAAGAUAAAUGGCAUAAUGACAUUUCUGCAGAUAUUAUCAUUGUUAUUAUUAUUAUUAUUAUGAUUAUUAUUAUUGCUAAUAUUGUUUUUGUAUAAAUUAAUUUUUUACUUGAUCACAAAUUCAUUUGAUUGGGCAGUA